GGUGUGUGUGGUGAGUUGCUAUGGUGUGUGUAUGUGUGGUGAGUUGCUGUGGUGUGUGCUGGUGAGUAGCUCUGGUGUGUGCUGGUGAGUGGUGGUUUGCUACGCUCCGUUAUGCUGUCUUGCUUGACUGGUUGCCGCAAGCCACAGCGAAGCACAGGGAUCACGUUGAGUGGCUGAGCUGCAAUGCAAGUUGGGAGCGAUGUCAGGACGGCCACCGCAGCACUUGGCAGCUGUGGGCACUGAUGCUGGACACGGGGGUUCUUCUCCCUUGGGCUUCCAUAAUCAAAGUGGACGUCAGUGGUUACGAAUAGUGCAGCUAACCCAGGAGCCAGCCGCCAGAGAAUGUGGAGUGAGCUGAGAGAUGUUUGUGCUGAGCAAUUUGUUUUAACACAGCAGCCUGUGAGGAAGAGAUGGAGAGCUGUGACGUUGAUAGGUUUUUAAUGGACUACACGAACUGCUAUAACUAAGAAACUUGAGAAAGGUGUUGGCAUUUAAAUACAGGUGUACGCAGAACACGAAAUAAAGUUGUGAAUGUUCUUCAUCCAACUUUUAAUUAUCGGAAAGAGUAGGUUGAGAUGGGUGUCAGGGACGUGUGUGCAAUGCAGGGGCGCCAAGAAGCCGGCGGCCAAGCGGAAAGGCGCAGAGCCGGACGGGAGCGUGCAGCGAUGGCGAGACGGCGACGUGGACGCCCUGCGCUGGCGAGAUGUUUGCUGGGGGAUCGACUCGCUCUGGCCUCUGCUCUUCGACCUGGGCCUCGCCGUCUCCUUUCUGCUGCUGCACCGCGCUAUGGCGGCACCAUGGGCCCAGCGCGCCCUCGCGGCCACCUGCGGCGUGUGUCGGCGCGCCGUGCACGUCAUCUGCACGGCCGUCACGGUGCAGCUGCUCAUCCACCUGUGGGAGCCGGGGAGGGCCCUGCCCCCGCUGUGGAGCGUGCGCGGCGAGCUGGCGCACAGCAUGUGCUUCCUGGUGCACGUGCUCAGCUGGCUCGUAAUACUGAGCAUCGCCAUCAUCUUCGACUUCCCCGAGCUGAUGGGAAUCAAGCAGAUGUACUAUGAGGUGAUGGGGCUGGGCGAGCCAAUGCUGCUCAAGUCUCGGCGCGCCCAGCGCCUCUAUGGGCACAUGCGUGUGCCCGUGUUCGUGGAGGCGCUGCUCGUGCUGUGGGUGGUGCCGCGCAUGAGCGCCGAGCGGGCGCUGCUCUCGCUCCUCGCGUCCGCGUACCUGGCCACCGUGCACGGCCUGGACGUAUGUGACUACGAGUACCUGCGCGGGCAGCUCGCAAGGAAGUUCGAGGUGUUCCGGCACGAGGAGCGGCGCCUGGGCCGACUCGGGCUCGGGGACGGAGAGGGAGACUCCGACUGACAGUACCUCCUCCCACCCUCGCGUUCACCCACGCAGCUCCCCCCCCCCCCCAUUUACCCACAGCCCUCCGCGUUCACCCGCACAGACCCCGCACUCCUCGCUCGCGACACGGGCCCUACCAUCACACCAGCGUCUCCACGCAGCUCCGCCGCCUCCACUGCCAGCGUCUGCACGAGUGUCUCCCUCAAACCAACCUCAAAGUAGCAAUCUCUGGCUCAUGUGAGCAUUGAGGGGGUGCUCAUCUAUUCACAGCAUGGAGCCAGCGGUGGAAAUAUCACAUUCCUAUGACCCCAGGAAUAAGUAUAUCCACAGAACACCCACUGUUGACUUCCCAACUCAUUUUAUCGACUCACAAAUCUGACUGCGAGCCACCCAGGGAAUCACAGGAGUAUGAGGCGAUUAGUGACCUUGGGCCCUAGGGUUUGAGUGGAGAAUGGUUGCAGAUGAGUGGAGAAGGGAGCGCUGUGUGCCGGCCCCAAAGAAGCCUGGCCAUUCAGCGCUGCGCAUGCGGUUUUAAACUGGUGCGUGGGUGCAAUGUGUGGGCUCAUGUGCUCCGUGCAGCAGCUGCAUUGUUCAAGUGUUUGCGAUGAUUUCCAGAGUUAAGAGUUCUGCGUGAUCAGAAAUAACUGGUUUCGGUUUUGUAUUUUGGUAUAAACGUCCAACACUAAUAAGUGUGUUGGCGUGGGUUGGGUAUUUAAUAUGCAUGUGUCAAUGCUAACACAGUGGGAGCAAUGAGCUGAUGUUCAGAGAAGGGACGUUUGCUAUUGAACGAGGGGACGAGGCGGCUUUGAUGGGGAGGAAUCGAAUGGUCACCGAUGGCUUGUGGCUCUGAUAUUUUGUUACAUGUACCUAUAGUCGACAGCUUUUUAACUAAUUCAUUCAUUUUAAUGUAGCACUCUUUUAAAUGUAAUAACUGCAAAUUUUAUAUAAACUUUCUGAGUUUGCAAUUCUUGGUACGCAUACAGUUUGCAAUUACGUGCAAUUUUCAGUUUAAAAACACGACUGCACAGUUUGCCACGAGUUAACUGCAAAGUUAACGCGUGCCAAUGUCGCAAUGUCCCUCGUCUCCCGCUCUCUCAGGUUCCCAUGCCUUCCCACGCCCACUGCGUCCUUUCCUUUCGCGUCUUCGCUGCCAAACCCCUUCUUGUCGCUCACUUACCGCUUUUGACACAGCCUGCUGCGUCACCUCACCCACCCGCCUUGCAUUCUCACCCUUGCGGCGCGGUUGCUAUCGGAGGCUGCCGUCCGAUCCCUGCCCCAUCUAACGCUUUCAAGAAGUGGUUCGUGGAAAUUAUGUCCAAGCUGUGGGACAUCCUGGAUCUACAUAACUCUUCGGAAACAAACGAAAGACCUCUUCCCGAUGAGAGCGACGCAUAACGCGGCUGAAGAAGUCAUCAACUUGGAAGUGAAGGGGCGGGAAGCGAUGUCGGCAGACGGCAGUGCAGCAACAUGCAUUAUAAUGCACCAAGCUUGGACGUCUCUCCUUCACUGCCUUCACUCAGCCACACUUACGGGCAUGGUCCAGUGUGGUAAAAUAACCGACGUGUGGGGACGCCCUCAUCCUGUAAAGAGGUCUGUACAUGCAUAUUAGAGCUCAGCAUUUACAAGUCAAGUCCAGAAUCCCGGUUAGAUUCUCAGAUGGAAUUCUAUUCCGAGGCGGGGUGGUAUCGUGGGAUUUGUGGAAUUGACUGCAGCUUCUAGAAUAGCAGUCGCACUCAUCCCCGCAGCACUGCGAGGAUCAUAAUCUCUCCAAACGAGUCUCGUGAGCCAGGAGAUCUCCCCCGUGUGUAGAGAACAACAUCGUCACAAUCCUCACGUGAAGCAUGGACUGUGAAACAAGCCAAGUGUAGAAUAGUACAGACUAAAGCUUUAUUGGAAAAGAAAUAGUUAAAAUGAUUUUGAACUGCUAAUUUGUCAAAGUAAGGCAAUGUGCAUAUAUCUAAAGAGGAACACAAUGUUGCAUAAACACAAAAAGAUAGAGGGUAUUUAACAGAAGUACAAUGCCACAACAGCGUUUGCGAAUCCCCCCAGCUCCACAUUCCGUCGUGACCACAGCUGCCGAGGAUCCAGAUCCUUACAGUUCAGAACAGCGCAAAAUUUAACAGGAAUUGUACAAAGACAUAUGACCCAUCUGCAAUCCCACGCAACUCCAAACUGCGUCAGCUGUGUGCAUCUACAAGGUAACCGUACGAUCGUGUGAAUUUAGGGCGGGGGAAAGAGCCCGCGGGUACGCCUUAGACCCCACCAUCAGCACGGCCCAAACUUGUCACUCGCGAAGGCGACGGAAAUUCUCAGCCAGUGACUUGCCCAGUUUCUCCAAAGAUCCAAAAUAUUGGCUGCACAAAUGUACUUAUCCAAUAAAGGUGACCCUUGAAUAUCGUGGGUUUAUUGUUCACGAUUUCCACCUAGCACGGGCAACCUCUGCACCAAUUUAGCUAUCGUGGGGGUUCGUUUUGGCAUUUUUCGGGUACACUAUACCCGGAAGUACUGUGUUAUUGGCUGAUACCGUGGUGCGGGGCGGGCGAGGGAUGCGAGGCAGUCAGUAGCACCUCAACUUUUGCCGCCCAACCAUCUCGCGGAGAAACAAAGAUGAAGACCCCUGAUAUAGCCUAGACUUGGGGCAAGUGCUGUUUGCGAGCACCUAUGAAGGUCGGCACACCACACGAGGAUGUGGGUGGCCAGAACCACGACCAGCCGCCUUUGUCUCCCCAGUGGAAAUAUUUACACACCGCAUCAGGUACUCAUUUCAGGCCGAGUCGACCUAGGGGAGGCCCAGAACCCAUUCAGAUAAUUGUCAUUGGUGUUGGGUGUGUCCGAGAAUCGAAUUCGGGUCGCUGGAUUCGUAGCACAGCUUGCAAACCAUAGCACUACGACUCCCCACUCACGGACAAACAAACACACCCGCUGUGGAUCAUCAUCGGUAAGUACAAUAUUCAGUAUUUAUACUACUACAAGGAAUGUUUUUUUAAUUGAGUUUUUACGUGUUAUUUCAAUUACUUAGUUUUUAGUUAACUGGGCAUAAAGUACAGUAUUUA